AUGCCCCGCGCUCCCGUACUUUGUAUCACCCACGGCGGUGGUCCGAUGCCCGUGCUCGAGCCGCAGAUGGGCGGUCAUGGCCACGAUCCGCUCAACGAAAGCCUCAGGACUCGCGUGCGCGACAUCUUGAAGCUAGGCACUGCGGAAGCGCCGCGCGCCAUCGUUGUUAUUACUCCUCAUUUGCGUCCGGAUUAUCCAAUGGUUACCAUGGUCGACAAGCCUCCGAUUUGCCACGACUUUGAGCCGAGCCACCCGCCCGCCGCGUGGGAGAUUCAGUACGAAGCUCCUGGGUCUAGUGAGGUGUCAAACCUUGUUUACGACGCUUUGAGCUCAGCUGGCCUGAAUCCCGCCAAGGACUUGGAGAGAGGCUUCGACCACGGUGUUUUCAUCCCCUUCAUCUUCAUCAGCCCCAAAGGCGAGGUUCCGUUAAUCUCCGUCACCAUUUCCAGUUCCUCGGACCCGGAGCUGUACACCAAAAUGGGGCAGGCGCUUAUCAAGUUGCGUGAAGAUAACGUUGCCGUUGUGGGCUCAGGCUUUGCCUCUUACCACAACGUGCCCAUGAUGCGAAAGCUUUAUAUGGCGGACGCGGCCUCGCCCGAGAUGCUCGAGUGGCGAGACAAGGUGGCAAAGUUCAACAAGGGUCUUAUCGAUGCAGUUACGACACAGGACCCAGGCCGACGCGCAGAGCUUUUGCGGUCGUGGCGGGACCUUCCUCACUCGUAUGAUGUGCAUCCAGAUAAUGAGGACGAGCACAUCCUCCCUUUGUUUGUGGCCGCUGGAGCUGCGGAUUCCAGCGAAGGGGAGUAUUUUUCUGAUCCUUUUGGUGGAGUGGACGUAUACACUUUCUACUGGAGCGUAUAG